AUGGCCGCUUCAGUUGACAACCGUCAGUAUCGUGGCCUAAACGGCGUCGUUCGCACCUUCAAUUCCAGCAACAACUUCAUCAACGACCUGAAACCGGGAUUCCCGGCCAACUUAGAUCCCUUCAGCAGCGACGAGGAAGACGACGAUAACGCAUUGAACCUCCAAGAACACAUACGAAAAACCAACGUGGAAGUCGAACCGUCCAUUCUCGACCCACGAGACGAAGGAACCUUAGACAACUGGGUCACACGAAACGCUUCCAUGGUCCGUCUCACAGGGAAACACCCCUUCAAUUCAGAACCACCACUCCGUCGUCUCAUGCAUCACGGUUUCAUCACUCCAGUUCCAAUUCACUACGUCCGAAACCACGGCGCCGUCCCAAAAGCCAGAUGGGAAGACUGGACGGUCGAAGUUACCGGGUUGGUUAAAAAUCCAACUCGGUUUACCAUGGACCGUCUCGUCCGGGAGUUUCCCAGCCGGGAGCUUCCAGUUACACUGGUUUGCGCCGGUAACCGUCGCAAGGAACAAAACAUGGUGAAACAAAGCGUUGGUUUCAACUGGGGUGCUGCAGCGGUUUCAAACUCGGUAUGGCGCGGGGUUUCCUUACGCAACGUGCUGAAAUGCUGUGGGAUCCAGGCACGGUCGAAAGGCGCGGUUCAUGUUUGUUUUUACGGUGCUGAGGAUUUACCUGGUGGCGGUGGAUCGAAAUAUGGAACUAGCAUUAAGAGAGAAAUUGCAAUGGAUCCUUCACGUGAUGUUAUUCUUGCUUACAUGCAGAAUGGUGAGGCUCUGGCUCCGGAUCAUGGGUUUCCGGUUCGGGUUAUUAUACCGGGUUUUAUUGGUGGUCGCAUGGUGAAAUGGCUGAAACGGAUUGUUGUUACUUCGGAUGAAUGUGAUGGUCAUUAUCAUUAUAAGGAUAAUAGAGUUCUUCCUUCUCAUGUUGAUGCAGAACAAGCCAAUGAAGAAGGUUGGUGGUACAAGCAGGAGUAUAUUAUCAACGAGCUGAACAUAAACUCCGUGAUUACAACACCGUGUCACGAUGAGAUCUUGCCGAUAAAUUCAUGGACCACGCAGACGCCUUAUACACUGAAAGGUUAUUCAUAUUCCGGGGGUGGAAGAAAAGUGACAAGAGUUGAAGUAACAAUGGACGGUGGAGAAACAUGGCACGUUUGCACAUUGGAGCAUCCAGAAAAACCCACAAAAUACGGCAAGUAUUGGUGCUGGUGUUUUUGGUCUUUAGAAGUAGAGGUACUGGACCUUCUAGGGACCAAAGAAAUUGCUGUUCGAGCUUGGGAUGAGGCAGUUAAUACCCAACCUGAAAACCUCAUUUGGAAUGUUAUGGGCAUGAUGAACAAUUGUUGGUUUAGGGUGAAAACAAACGUGUGUAGGCCCCACAAAGGAGAAAUAGGUAUCGUGUUUGAACACCCAACACAACCAGGUAACCAAUCAGGUGGUUGGAUGGAAAAAAAAAGACAGUUAGAAAGAUCACAAGAAACCAACCCAAUUCUCAAAAAAAGUGUCUCUUCACCUUUUAUGAACACAACAUCAAAAACAUACUCCAUCUCCGAAGUUAAAAAACACAAAACCCCUGAUUCGGCAUGGAUCAUCGUCCACGGCCAUGUCUACGACUGCACCCGCUUCCUUAAAGAGCACCCCGGAGGGUCGGACAGCAUCCUCAUCAACGCCGGUACGGAUUGUACCGAUGAAUUCGAAGCUAUCCACUCCGACAAAGCCAAAAAAUUGCUAGAAGAUUAUAGAAUCGGCGAGCUUGUUACUACUGGUUACACAUCAGAUUCUUCUCCAAAUAACUCAAUGCAUGGAAACUCCGAAUUCACCCAUCUUGCACCUAUUAAAGAAAUCAUGGCUCUUAACCCACGUGAGAGAAUCCCAUGCAAGCUCAUUUCAAAAACAUCAAUUUCACAUGAUGUAAGACUCUUCCGGUUCGCAUUACCCUCAGAAGAUCAAUUAUUGGGAUUACCCGUCGGGAAACACAUAUUUUUAUGUGUUUCCGUCGAUGGGAAAUUGAUCAUGCGAGCGUAUACGCCAACAAGUAGCAUUGAUGAAAUUGGAUAUUUUGAAUUAGUUGUCAAAAUCUAUUUCAAAAACGUGCACCCCAAGUUUCCUAACGGUGGACUCAUGUCACAAUAUCUGGACUCACUUACUAUUGGGUCAAUAGUGGAAGUAAAAGGCCCGGUAGGCCACAUUGAGUAUCUUGGUAGAGGAAACAUUAUGGUUCAUGGGAAACAAAGGUUUGCGAAAAAGCUAACAUUUUUGGCAGGCGGAAGCGGGAUCACGCCGGUGUUUCAAGUGGCGAAUGCGAUUUUGAAGGACACCAAUGAUCGAACUGAAAUGUAUGUCGUUUAUGCGAAUCGGACGGAGGAUGAUAUAUUGUUGAGGGAAGCAUUGGAUGAAUGGGCUAAGAUAUAUAGUGAUAGGUUUAAGAUUUGGUAUGUCGUGGAAAAUGCAAAAGAAGGGUGGGAAUAUAGUGUGGGAUUCAUCACGGAGAGUAUCAUGAGGGAGCAUGUCCCGUUGGGUGGUGAGGAUACUUUGGCAUUGGCUUGUGGGCCACCACCUAUGAUUCAGUUUGCUGUGCAACCAAAUUUGGAGAAGAUGGGGUAUGAUAUUAAGAAGGAUUUGCUUGUGUUUUAG